CAACUCAGCAGCUACAUAACCCGCUCCCAAAUCUUCCCCAAAUUCCUAAACCAAAACCAAACCCUAAUCAAUCCCCAAAACGAAGCCAUGGUGUGCAUCCGCAAGGCAACGGUGGAUGACCUUCUGGCCAUGCAGGAAUGCAAUCUCUUCUGCCUGCCGGAAAACUACCAAAUGAAAUACUAUUUCUACCACAUCCUCUCCUGGCCGCAAUUACUUUACGUGGCUGAGGACUACAAUGGGAAGAUAGUCGGGUAUGUUUUGGCCAAAAUGGAAGAGGAGAGCUCUGAAUGCCAUGGACACAUCACCUCCCUAGCUGUCCUCAGGACCCACAGGAAACUCGGCCUCGCCACUAAGCUCAUGAUCGCUGCUCAAAACGCCAUGGAACAGGUAUAUGAGGCAGAGUAUGUGUCACUUCAUGUGAGGAAAAGCAAUCGGGCUGCAUUUAAUCUGUAUACUGAAACACUAGGGUACAAGAUUCAUGACGUGGAGGCAAAGUAUUAUGCAGAUGGGGAAGAUGCUUAUGAUAUGAGAAAGCAACUCAAAGGUAAGAAGCAUCAUCACCACCAUCACCAUCACCAUCAUGGUGGGUGUUGUUCUGGGGAUUCAAAAACAGAAGAGGGGACUGGAGCGCCAGAAGCCAAAGCAGAGUGAAAGUCAUGGUAAAAAUCACGUUUUAAAUUUUGUUAUGUCAUUCAUCUUGUUUGCUUAUUAGAAAGAAAUUGUUGGUUCUGUUACUAUAUGGAAAAUUAUGUGCUGAACAAGAAAAUAUUAUUGUCUGUCAAAGCUCAAUGAACGUUAUCAUCAUGCAUAUUUUAUGUAUUUGGGUACUCUAUAUGCCUCUGUUUGAGGUUUUGUUAUUGAAUAAUUUACGUAGACAAUGUUAUAUUUA